AUGGAUUUACACGAACGCUAUGUACGUACUUCGGCAAUAGAUUUUUCAAUCUUAGAAUUAUUAGAAACUGCAUUUAAAGAUAAUCCAUUUUCAUUAUUACAUCGUCUAACUAAAUAUUACAAUGCCGAAUUAAUAAAAAAUAAUUUACAUGCAAAGCAAUUAGAUACAUUUCGAAUGAUAUUAUGUUAUGAAUAUCAACUUACAUUUAAUUCUGGAGAGAAACACACAAAAAUAGUUCCAAGUGAUCUAUGUUUUAAAACUAUAGAAAAUACUUUAUUUGUGAUAAAACAAUCACAAAGUUUUGUUGAAUAUCCCAUUUUAUAUGAUAUUGCAAUUUUACAAUUAAUACUUUACUGUAAUUCACAAUGUAUUGCACAACACUUGAUCAAUUUUCAGAAAUCAAAUGUUGAUGUCUUAAAUAAUAGUGAAAGUAAAGUCUUUUACAUAAAAAUACUAGAAUGUUUCUUAGAAUCGUUGCAAUUAAGAAAAUUUAUAUACAAUGACUUGGAACCAAAUUUAUUGGAAUAUUUUACUUCAUUGUAUCUGAAGGAUAUUGUAUUAUGGUUGCAAAUGAAAGAAAAUAAAGAAUGGCAACUGUUUGCUUCAAUUCUUCCAAAAUUAGUAAAUACUUGUGGUUCUGAAAAUGUUAUACCAACCAUAUGGAAUUGUGUUUUAAAUAAAUUGGAUGACUUAAAAGAUUUCCUUAGUGCACUUAGCAUUUUGAUAGAUGUAUGUUAUGUGUCAAACUUGAAAAAUAUAAAUCUCAUAUGUUAUGAUUUAUGUUACACAGAACAAUUAUGGUUGUUAAUAAUACAAAGUAUAAAAUCUCCUAUACAACAGUAUCGCAAACAAGCAUUAUUUAUAAUGAAAAGAAUAACUGAUUUCAUGAAUACUAUAAAUGAAAGCACUUUAAAAUUGAAAAAGCAUAAAAUUAUUCCUUUUAUAUGUAACCAUUCAAUUAGGACAAAGAUAUCAAUAAAUGAAAUUAAACAAAACUACUUUCUGAUAUUAGAUGCACUAGAAGAAAAACAACAUCAUUUAAUAUUACCUGCUUUAAGUCAUUUACCAACUUUGGUGAAAGGAAACAAAGAGCAUGAUGUGUGUAAUGAUUGUUUUAAUAUGAUUUGGCUACAAUUAAUUUUUGUGAGAAUACUACAGCAUGAAAAUAAUACUAUUCUAAAACAAGGAAUUUUAUAUGUUUGUAAAUUACCUGCCCUUGUAUAUGACCAUCAGUUUUUAAAAUUAUUUAUACAUGUUCUAAAUAAUACAUUUUUAUAUGAGUGUCAAGCUUACCAACAAGAACCAGAAAUAUUAAAUGAUAUCAUAACAUUGUUUACAUAUGCAAAAAAGGAAGAAGUAGAGUUUCUCAAUAAAGUCCUUCAGGUAAUGAGUGAAGAAACUUGGGCUCCUAUCCCAUUGUUUUAUAUGAUGAAAGUUUUAAGAACAGUUUCAAGUAAAGUGUGCAAUCAUUGGGAAGAUGAUCAAUUAAUUCUAGUUAAGUUUUUAGUGCAAAAAAAUUUAAAUAUGCAUUCUCAUAUAUUUAGAAUUGCAUCUCAAAUUGAACUUUUAAAAACAGUUUCCCUUUCUGUAAAAAAAAUAAAUGAUUUGAAAAUUGUUAUAGAUACAUUGUUAGAAUUUUCUUCAGAAGAAAUUCUUGUAAGAAAUUCAUUUUCAUGGGAUAUUGUAGUAAAAUGGUUGAAAGAAGUAUUAGUAGAAGCAAAUGUAAUAAAUUUUAUACAAUGUAUAUGCAAUGAAUAUUCCUGUCAAGAUCUAUAUUUAAAAUUGAAUCCUGCAAAGUUUGCUCUUGUGGUUAUGAUGUUUUAUGAUGCAGAUCUAAUAUCACAACACAAAGUGUGUCCUGUAGGUGAAGUACUAAAUAAUUGGUUAUCAUCACUUAAGGGGAUAGAUACAAGACCUUAUGCAAAUACAGCACAUAUUUUUUAUAUGGUAGAAUUUAUGUCACAUCUACUUCAUUUAAGUGGUACAAGAAUUCAUAAUAGCACUAUACAAUUAUUGUCCUCAUACAUAGAUGAUUCAUUAAAAUUUCUACUUAGAAAUUACAGAAACAUAGCAUACAAAUUUAAGUAUGAAGAAAUAAUUAGAUAUUUUACUACAAUUGUUUUAUUUCUUAAUACUGGAAAUUUAAUUCUAUCAGAAAAAGAAAUUUUUAAUUAUGCUGAGAAAUUCAAGCAUGAAAGUAUAACUAUUCUUCAAAAUGCAAAAACAUACACAAACAUGCAUUAUGUAUAUGCAUUAUAUAUUUUACAUUAUACUCAAAACAUUUUAUGUGUAAACCACAAAUUAUUUGAUAUACAAUUGUUAUUAAAUAUUUGUAACACUUAUAUACCUAAUAAUCAUGAAGAUGAAACAAAGUCUAAAGGAAACGAAGAAAAAAGUUCUAAAGGAAAAAUAGUAUCAGAUUGUUAUGUGUUACUUGCAAGACUCACAAACCAAUUCUUAUCAAGGAUGGAAGUACAAUUAUGGCCUCAAGAAAUUGAUUGGUUUGAAAAUAUUUCAUAUUUAUAUGAAAUGGGAGGAAGUGAAAUUGUUCCUGAAAUAGCACUGAUAUUAAAAACAAUUGUCAGUAAGGGAGGAAUAAAACAUCCAGAAAAUAAAUUAAGUUUAGAAUCUAUUUUUACUAUAUGUUGGAGAACUACUUUGUCAGAUACAAAAAACAAAAUUUAUUUCUCAGCAAUGGAAAAUUUUGUAGGGGUUAUUAUAAAUAAUAAUUUUUUGGUAUUACCAAAUGCUAUAACUUUUGUAAACAAUUUUCUUGAUCAGUUACUUGAAGAAGGUAAUAAGGUACCAAAAUUGAAGAAAAUUUUAUUAAAUGAAAUGGAAUUAUUAGAUAUAUACUGCUUGAAGAAUUUACAAGAGCCACUAUUAUCAUGUCUCCUUCAUGGACAAGUACUUAAAAGAGAUAAACAAAUAGAAAAUCAAACCUAUUUGUACAUUAUAAAAAGUUAUUUGAAUUGUUAUCCACAACAUAUACAAAUAAUAGACUAUAAUAAUGAAGCUAAUAUCAGAGCAACUUCUGUUGUUUUGCUACAUAAGAUAAUUAAUGAAGAUAAAAAAUAUGCAUCAGUAUUUCUUCCAAUUAUUUUACAGAAAUUAGAAAAAUAUAAAAAUAAACGAUAUUUCAAUCAUUCUUAUAUACAUAAGAUAAAACAUCGAAUUAUGCAAAUUUUGUUAAUAAUACAGCCAGUUUUAACUAAGGAUGACAUCAUUACAUUACAAGAAUUUCUUUGUAAUUUAAUACUUUUGGAAAGUAAUCAACAUAGUGUUCGAUUAAUGCAAGAAUGGGUAUUAAUCAAAAUUUUUCUAAACAAUAUGGAACUUCAUGAUAAACUCUGGGAAUUUUUUGAGAAGGGUAUUACAACACGUCCAGGAUGUGUUAGUUCCAUAGCAUGCAUUGUUUAUCAUGUUUCAAAACUCCUAUCUAAAGAUUUACAGAGUAAUUUUAUUUUAACGGGAAUUAAAUAUGUUGCCCACUGUUGUUUAGGACAACAAUAUAAUACGCGACUUUAUAGUCAGAUUAUUUUUGUAAAAUUGUAUAACAUGUUGGAACGAUUAAAUUGUGAUUAUGUUACAUUAGAAUACAAAGGAUUGUAUGAUGCUGCAGUUACAAGUUUAAAAGAUGGAUUAGUUAAAAAUUCAAACAGAAUUCAAAAUGAUUUUUAUUUUUCUACUUUUCAUCCUUUGCAGGACUACAGUUUACAGACAAUUUAUUUUGAACUCCCACGAUUAACUGAUAUGGAUAUAAGUGAAUGGAUAACUCCAGAUCUGUUUAAAAUUCUACAUUUUGAGGAAAUUAAUGAACAUCCCCUCCAAUUGUAUAAUUUGGAUAUAUCAUUAUCAAACAUUAAAACAUCGUCAUAUUUAAUAAAAUCAGCAGAUGAUACAGAAUCAUCCUUACCAAGAAAUUGUAACAUGGAUUUUGAACAUUUAAGUGAUAUCCAAAAAAAAAUUAAUCCCUCAAUGUCUACAAAUGUGUCACAUACUGAUAUUUUUCCAACAAUCAGAGAAUCUAUUUCUCAUAAAAGAAUAUCAUCAGAUGAAGAUGGUCUUAUAGUUGUAGCAUGUCUUGUUAGUCGCACCCCAAAUUUAGGGGGACUCGCUCGUACUUGUGAAAUUUUCAAUGUAAAGGAAUUAGUUAUUGCUAAUUUAAACCAAAUUAAAGAUAAGGAAUUUCAAAACCUUAGUGUAUCAGCUGAAAAUUGGAUAACUAUUACAGAGACAAAACCACAUGAAUUAUGCAAAUAUUUAUUAAACAAAAAGGAUAUGGGAUGGUUUUUAGUAGGACUGGAACAAACAGCUAAUAGUACAAAUUUGCAAAAUAUGAAAUUUGAAAAGAAAACAAUCAUUAUUUUAGGGUAAGAGGAUGGGAUUCCUGCUAAUCUGAUACCUUUGUUUGAUACUUGUAUAGAAAUACCACAAGUUGGUGUGAUUCGAUCAUUAAAUGUUCAUGUCAGUGGGGCAAUAUGUAUAUGGCAGUAUGCAAAACAACAU